UCUCUACGUAAAUUUCAUCAAAAUGAGUGCCGAUUUGGUCUGGGCUAUUAUCAAGAACAACAACUCUUUCCUUGUUAAGCGUCAAAACGUUCAGUUCUCUGCUGAACCCGCUAACUUGAAGAACGUUAACUCUUUCAAGUACUCUGGUCUUGCUAACUACAAGACUGUUACCAUCCUCCCCGCUGCCCGUGGUGUCCGUGUCACUUUGCGUAAGGCUAACAAGGAGCAAUCCCCCAAGAAGUCUGCCAACACUGUUGUCAUUGCCAAGUCUGGCCGUAAGACCUCCAAGUCUAUUGCUAACUUGAUUGCUCGUGGUAACAAGUACAGACCCGAUCUCCGUGCUGCUGCCGUUGCUCGUGCCUCUGCUAUCCUCGCUACCCAAGCUCCCAAGAAGACCUUGAAGUUGCGUGAAGCUAAGGGUCCCCGUGCUCAAAAGAACUAAAUUUUUUGUUUCUUGACUUCUACCUCAUUAAAUAGCAAAGGCUAAUAAACGGACUUUGUUAAUUAUGUA